UUGGUCGUGAUCCAACACAGCAGACGACGUGGUAUUCCCGGUGUGAGGAGUAUUUAAAAAGUCGUCUCUGUUCGUCAGCUUGUCAUUAUUUGAACGAUAAAAUAGUACGAUGAUUUUGAGUCAAAUCUAUGUAUAGAGGGAAAACAUGGAUCAUUUGAUAAUCUUGGUUUCCAUGAUACAUUUACUCUACUGUCCAUUCACAAAAGUGGAGGAAAGUUUCAAUCUGCAGGCUAUGCACGACAUCUUAUACCAUGGCUUUAACCUGACCGAGUAUGAUCAUCAUGAUUUUCCUGGAGUUGUGCCACGAUCAUUCGUAGGACCAAUUAUAAUAUCAGGUUUGGCAACGCCGCUAAUAGCAACCAUUAAUUAUUUGCAACUUAAUAAAUUCUUUGCUCAAUAUGUUGUAAGAGCAAUAUUGGGUUUGCUGGUAAUAAGUAUGUUGAAGCUGUAUAGAGAUGCUUUGCAAAGUAUCUUUGGUUUACAAUUUACAAAAUGGUUUGUCGCGAUAACUGUGACACAGUAUCAUUUCAUGUAUUAUUUAAGCCGUCCUUUGCCAAAUAUAAUGGCAAUGCCACUAGUACUACUGGCUUUAUUUGGGUGGUUAAAGCAAAGUCACAUCAUAUUUAUUUGGUCGUCUGCAGCAGCAAUAAUAAUAUUCAGAGCAGAACUAGCUAUGCUACUGGGGUUAUUCCUUUUAUACGAUAUAGCCAACAAGAAACUGACCAUACCAAGACUACUUAAAAUUGCGGUUCCAGCUGGUAUAUUUUUUCUAACACUAACGGUUACAAUAGAUUCCAUAUUUUGGAGACGUAUUUUAUGGCCUGAGGGAGAAGUCUUUUACUUCAACACUAUUCUUAAUAAAAGCAGUGAUUGGGGUACAUCACCAUUUUUAUGGUAUUUUUAUUCGGCACUCCCAAGAGGGCUGGCUUUGUCAUAUUUUCUAAUACCUUUGGGUAUGCUUUGGGAUGCUCGAGUUCGAACAUUAACUGUUCCUGGUAUUGUAUUUAUUAUUUUAUUCUCAUUUCUACCACAUAAAGAAUUGAGGUUUAUCAUAUAUGUAUUUCCAUUGCUGAAUGUUAGUGCCGCAGCUGUUUGCCAUAGAAUAUGGGAGAACAGAGCAAAAGGUACAUGGCAUGGAUUCAUGGCAAUGAUCAUUUCAGGCCAUCUAGUUUUAAAUGCUCUAUUCUCCAUGUUUCUUUUAUGCGUUGCUGGUACUAACUAUCCUGGUGGUUUAGCUAUUGCUAAAUUACACAGACUUGAAAAAGACUCUAUUGGUCCAGUGCAUGUGCACAUCGAUGAUCUCACUGCUCAGACAGGAGUUUCAAGAUUUACACAGACAAACGAUUCUUGGAUUUAUUCGAAACAAGAAAAUUUAACCAUUGAUAAUCCUGAAAUCCUUCAGUUUACACACCUUCUAAUGGAAGCUAAGAGUAAAUACUCUCCAAACAUAAAACCCUAUCUUAAAACUCACGAUAUUCUGGAUUCUGUGGAUGGUUUCUCUCAUAUAGCACUUAACUAUAACAUGCUACCGCCUAUAAGGAUUAAAACUAGGCCUAUUAUAUUUAUUAUGAAAAGAAAAGCCAAUAUAAAAUACGAUCCAAAGAAAGCAAAAGCACAUGCUCUUACAAAGCGAUCAGCCGAGAGCGAUACUGAAAAACGUACGCAAAUUGAAAAUGUAAUAAAUAAGACUGCUAAGAACAUGGAACCAAUAUUGGGCGAGAUUAUGGAGUCAUUAGAAGAAUUUGAGAAACCAUUAAAUAUUAGCAGCGAAAGUGAUUUAGGUAUAACUUCACAGAAAAUUAAACCUAUAUUGAAUACAACUCAAAAUAUUUCUGAUGAACAUAUUGAACCAUUACAUGUGCCACAAGAAGCUGCAAACUUAUCCGAAGGCAAUUUACUAUCUGCAACAAUACCAAUUCAAAAAGAAAAAGUAACAAGUAUUUCAAAAACAGAGAAUAGUCUCAAUAUUGAAAAUAACAUAAGUGUACAACAUGCUGUUGUAAAUAUUUCCACUAGUGAUGAAAAACAAUCGGACACCAAAAGUGAAGAAAUUAAAAAAGAAAUAAUCACAGAGAAACCUAAAAUUCAACAAGAGGGUAGUACUUUAAAAGAAACUGUUAGAAAGCUAAUUCAAGGAAAAUUAGAAGCAGUUAAGCUCAAAAAAGAGAUAGAAGAUCAGAAGAAGCCUUCAGAAAGUUCAGAAAAAAUCACUGCGAGAAAAAUAAUGCCAACAAAAAUAGAGUUACAACAAAAAUCGAAAGUUACAGUAAAACAGGAAUCAAAAGAAAUGCCUGCAACUAUACAAGAGAAGACUAAGUUGCAUCGAGUAGUUAAUGUUAAGGAAAGCAUUAGGAAUAUAAUAAAUCAAUUUAGAGAGUUCGAAAAAGACUUUGGACAUGAAGAUUUAGAUGUGAAGAAAGAAACAGAAGUUGCUAAAGAAUUGAAGGGGACAGACACAAAUCUGUCUCAAGAAUCUAUAAAUGUUUCAGACACGACAAAAGAAGAAGACAAUAAAACAGUCAAGGAUGCCAAAGAAAGUUUGAGGGAUAUCAUAAAUCAGUUCAAACAAAUAAAGAGUGAAUUAGUUUCUGAAGAUAACAGCGAGUUUGAAGAAAUUGAAGCAACUUAUAUGGACAGAUCAAUUUCUGAAACAUUGAUGAAAUUUAGUGAGUCCUUAAAGAAUUUAAUACAUCGAAGAAAACAAGAGAAACAAUUUGUUGCCGAGAAUUUAGAUAUUAAAAAGGAUGUGCCGAGAUCACAAUCUCUGCCAAAAGUAGCAGUAAAAGAUACUCAAGUUCUAACGGAAACUACAAAGAAUUUAAAAUUGCAAAAUGUGGAGAAAUUAGGGACUGUCGUUCAAAAUACUGACACAAAAGACAGCUCAAGUACAGAAACGGAUAAACUUUUUCAAGAAAAAUCUUUUACUAUGUAUACGAAUAACAGAAACGUCCCUUUAAAUGCUCAAAGAUUUGUUGAUAACGUGUCGAAUGAUAUAGGACAGGAUUAUGCUUCCAAAGAAGAGGAUGAAAAGUUGAAACAACAGAAUGUUGAGAAUAACACGAAUGAUUAAAUGUUAAAAUUAAGUGACUGUUUUUAUGCUUUUUGAUGGGGCAAUUGUGUAGAUAUAGCGAAAUGUAAAUACGUUAUUCUGUGAUAACGAAACUAUUCUAUUUCAUAAUUGAUGCUCAUGCAUUACCAACGCGGAAAAAACAAGAUUACUCUCCUUGUUUUCUUGCUUGAAAUACCAAUGAAUGUUAAAAUAAAAUAGUAAAGCAUUUGUCUAACAUAUUGUACUGAAAAAGUGCCAGAAAUGAUUCUGUAUGUAUGCUAUAUGUAAUAUUAAUUUGUAAACAAUUAUUUUUCGUACUUCAAAAUGAUCUAAUUGUUUUUUUAUAUACUUGAAUGUUGAAAUAUUUAACAAUAUAUUGUUUGAUAUAAAAGUAAUGUUUAUCAAUGCAUGUUUAAAAAAAAUCUAUGCAAUUUUAAUAUUUCCCCUCGACUGCUAAAAAAAUGUAUAAGACAUUUAGUAAUAGUUUUAUCUUUUCCUAUUCAAUACUUUGCAUUUAAAUUUUGCUUUUCACGUUUUUCAUAUUUCUCAUAUUGCUCAAGAUUAUUCCAUCAUUUCUAAUUUCAUUAGGAAAAGAAGGAUAUGCUUCAUCACAAAGAGGAAGUGCAUUGAAUUCCAUAUUGGUAUUUGCAGAGCAUUCAAGUGCCUUGAAAUUUCUUCCAAUGUUCUAUGUACAUAUAUAUUAUAAAUCAUAUUCAAAGAAUAUAUGUAUACGUGUAACAUAUUGUGUAAUAAUAUUUUGCGAUAAGAUGUUUAAAUAUUGAAACCUAAAUAUUACUUCUUACAUUAUUGCUGAAGCAAUAGAUAAUCAAAAGUGCCAAAUUGCAACUGAAAAUUUUAUUGAAAUACAUACAGUUUUCUGUAGUUCAAACUCUUUCUAAUUGUGAUGUAUCUUUUGCUGUAACAUGAAAGAAACAUGCUAAUCCUUGUGAAUCUCUCGAAGUAUUAGGAAUCCUUUGACCGUACCAUAUGUUGUUAAUCCCAGAGUUGUCCAAUAUAAGAUUUUAUCGCGUAAACCAAGUUUUAAAAAUGAUGGACGUCCAUCAUCACACUGAUCAUACAAAUAAACAGUAAUUAAGUACAAACUACAUGAUGAUAUUCAUUUCAAUGAAAUUAAACAUCAGAGUCUUGUAUACCUGCAUCUGUGCUUGCUGUAGUUUAAACUUUUGAAAUGCUUUAUCCGAAAUGAAUUUCGCAUAUCCUGUGUAAAAUGUUUGUCGUAAUAAAACAGUGUUCUGAUAAAAAAG